AUGCUUGUUACCAGGCACACCGCUACGGAGCAGAGUUCUUGGUCCAUAAGCAAGUUCGAAACCGCCUUUCGCAAGUCUGCGGAGAAAUUACGCAUGUCGAACAACUUCGACACGGUGACGCAGUCGGACUGGCAGGGCCAGUACUCGUUUCUUCCACCAGGCGACAACACCAUCUUUUCGCAGCCAUACGAACAUGUGACAGGCUCGACCGAGAACGCAGAGUCGCAAGCGCAGCCACGGACGGUGGUUUCGCCGAGCGAGGGGCCUAAGCCGGAGGGCUCGCCCUUGGAUCAUCGCCUCGACCCUCUCGGUCUGCGCCAGCCAAAGCAACCGUCGCCGAUCCCAGAGCAACCAGAAAACCAAGGAGACCAGUAUCCACCCAAGGCGCCCGAGUUGGCACACGAAGAGUCAUCGACCUCGACAGAGACCCGGGGCAUGUCCUUGGGAUCGAACCCCCUGAGCUCGGUAUCCUCGGCGGGACAAGGUUCCGAGACCGCGCCGAGCCACUCGGGAAACGAGGGGCAGGCCGUCAUCAAAGAGGAGGAUGAAGAGGUGGUGGAGGACGAGGACAUGAUUGAAGGCGAGGUAGAUGGAGACGCACAAGCCCAGCCGCAGACGGCCGCAGAGAGGACCGCGCAGCGCCGGAAGAUGAAGCGCUUCAGGUUCCUAAUGAGCGAAUUCGCAAAGCAGCCGCAUCCCGAUGCCGCUCACCGCGAACGGCUCUCGCGAGAAAUCCCCGGGUUGAGCCCACGGCAAGUGCAGGUGUGGUUCCAGAACCGCCGUGCCAAAAUCAAGCGUUUGACCGCCGACGAUCGUGAGCGGAUGAUGAAGAUGAGGGCAGUCCCGGAAGAUUUCGACAGCCUGAGCGCACUCCACUCCCCAUAUGGCGCUGUCCAUGGCCUAGGAACACCCAUUACCUCGCCAGUUGAUCUCGGCGGUUCUUCGUACGCGGACCAUAUGAUGCGGCCACUCAUGGUGGAUGUAAGGCGGCAUGAGGGUGACGAGCAUCUAUCGCCGACCGGCCUCAGCCCGGCGUUUGGCAGCAUAGGUUUCAACCCGUCUGCUGGACUCAGCACCCCGGACAUUCUCUCACCUAUUUCACCCACCUCCACCGACCGAUACGGACCCCAGUACCGGCAUCAAACCCCUCAACUCGGCGGCGUCUGGUCCCAGCUACACGAGGAGCUUCCCCCUCCGCACAGCUCGCAGCCCCCGUCGAUUUCUCCCCUGCCCCGGUCAUCCGGCUACCGGACCUCGACCAGCGACUACUCGAUACCGCAAAUGAGCGCACCGAUCGCGCCACCCAACGAUUUCUCGCAGGCCUUCCAGGCCAGCAUGUCGAGCUCGAGCUCGCGCACGCCCGAAUGCGGGAUUCCUUCAGGGGGCGGGGCCGCUCGGGGCUGGGAGGGCAAGGGCCAGGGCUCCGGGGACCGGCGGCGACGAGUACUCGGACCCCGCUGGGCAUGA